AUGAUACUUUCGUGCGUCGCGUCGAGUGACCGUGGUAGGGAUCCAGGGAUCCGCUUCCCCGUCGGCCGAGCUUCCCAGGAAUCCGCGCUGCCCGCGGAUAAGUGCCGCCCAACCUUUUCCCUCAUGAAUAUGUAUCGGGAGCCACCCCGUGGUUGCAAGGUGUACGCGAAAUUGAAUCAUAAACGACCAGACGUUCUGAAACAAGGAACUGUAAACAUGGCGCGGAUAGAGCUUAAUCUAUGUACGCGGCCGCCGGGCACCAGGAACUGGGCGGAAUGCAACCGCGGCCCCCCACGGCGCGUCCCCAUCGAUAGACGCCGCGGCGCAGCGGGGGCGCUAUUAGCAACAAUAAAAGAUGCCGGCGACCUCGCUGAGCUGUAUCCGAUUAAACAUUCUGUAUGUUUACGUUUUUUGCGCGUGCAGUACGCGCGGUCGGCGGUCGGCGAGCGUUUCGCGUGCGCCCGAUGUUCGUACGAACGGAGUGGGACGAACGCUUUUUGCCGCGGGCUCGAAGCGUUCGCGCGCCCCGAGAGCUGCCAAUUAGGCAGCUCGAGUUGGGUCCGUGCACUAUUGUGCACAAGACAGUUCUUCUACAGUGAACCAAUCAAAAAUCGCGGCACGUCAUACAAGCACGCGUUAUAUCAAGCGUUCGGAAAGCAACAACGGCUCGCCAUUUCGCGGCGCUUUCAAUUUACGUUCCGCCGGACACAGGCUUUAACAAUAAGGGGCGACUACACGGGACGGCACUACUGGCCAUUACGUAUUCCGAGCACGCGAACCGCCUGCCACGGAGGAGAGCGCGGCCCUCCGCCCCCAUUCCAUUCCAACGACGCCCAGCCGCGAAAGCUCCGUUCGAGCGACGUAUACUUAAGUAGCAAUGUAAACCGAGCUUUGCUAGAGAGCCGCGCCCGCAUCAGCCGCUUGCAGCGCGAGGGGGCACGAGGCAGACGUCAUUGGCUGAUAAUUGUCGCUCCCGGCGCGCCGCGUAUCGCCCUAGAUAAACCGCUCCCAACGUAUUGUGCGUCCCCAGAUAGCCCCCACAAUGCACUU